AUGGUCUACCACGGUACUACUAUUCUUCUUACCCUCCCCGUUCUCCUCCAGAUGGUGCCGGGCGCAGUGGGCCGUCCCGCUCCAGCAGAGGAUGGGUCUCUUUGCCGAGAUGGGGCUUGCGGAGCUAACACCAGAGGACAUGAUCACUGGGAAAAUGUCGAGAUAUGCACUCCAGAGACGGUGACCGUGACGGCGAUAUCCACCGAACAGCUGCCUGGUCCAACAGAGACCAUUGCCGGCCCCACAAACACAGUGACCGUCACUGCUGAUGGCCCGGCCAAAACUGCCACUGUAACUGAAACACUCACGUCAACCGUAACCGACGUUAGCACCAGCAAGCAGAUAGAAACGCAUGCCGAAACCAUCACGGUGACUGUUACAUCCCCUGUGACUGCCGCAACCACUCCAGCUACCGCUACUCCUACCCCUACGACCAACGGUGCAGGCAGCAAUGAUGGUCUCGACUACGGGACCUGCUCGGAUCCUACUAUCCGGUGGGCGGAUGGACUCGAUGGACGGACGGAAUAUUCGUGGACUACGAACAAUCAGAAUGACUUUCCGCAUGGGUCGUCGACGACUCUCAACACCUUGCUGAAUUCUGUCUGUAGUCACCUUCAGAGUCCGUGCAAUGCUCCGAAGGCGACGGUUAAUCGGUGCUAUUCGGCGGCGGCGCAAGUUAGUAAUAGUGGGUUGAAGGGAGAGAAAGCUUCUGAUUUAUGGAAUUCGCUAAUGGCUUGA